AAAGGAAGUUCAUCGUCUAUGAAAAACAAAAAAAGCCUUCGCGGGUUUUCUAGAGAGAUUGUUGGAAUUUUUUUUUCCUCAAGUAAAAAAGCUACAGCUUUCAAGGUUUUGAUCUUUUUCUCUUAAUUAAUUGCUUUACUUUUUGCCAUGGCCGACGAAAUUAUAACAUCGGAGGGAGUUUCAAGUUCGUCUGAGCUGAACUCGUCGUCUCGUAUAAUAUGUCGGGUUUGUCAAAAGCAAUUUUCGCAGUAUACCUGCCCUCGAUGUAAUAGCCGUUAUUGCUCUCUGCCUUGUUACAAGUCUCAUAGUCUUCGUUGCACCGAAUCCUUUAUGAGAGAGAAUGUCAUGGAGGAACUACAGCAUGUGCAACCAAAUGAUGGAAGUAAGCAGAAAAUGCUAGACAUACUUAAACGAUUCCACUCAGAAGAUGAAGCAGACAUCAUGGAUGAAGAUGAUUCCCCGUUGUCUGAGGAAACAAUUCAAAAAGUUCUAUCUGGAAACCAGAUAAGUUUUGAAGAUUUAUCUGCUGAAGAAAAGAAACAUUUCCAAAGGGCUGUUGCCUCAGGUGAGUUGAGCAAAUUGAUUAAGCCCUGGGAGCCAUGGUGGUCGAAGCCUUCUGCCAAGUACAUAUCUCUUGGUCAGGAUGGAACUCAACUGGUCCAGCCACUUGUGAAGGAGGAUACAGCUGUGUCUUCGGAAGACAGAAUAGGAAGUGACCCUUUGCACGACAUUCCACUUGGCCCCGACUCUCCAUUACCCUCAGUUAGAAAGCUCAGUGCAGCUGGGCCAUCCCCUUUACUGGCUGUUCACCUUGUUGACAUCAUGUACAGUUAUUGCUUUACUCUUCGCCUCUACAAUGGUGACUGGCAAUCAGAUCCCAUAGGAUCAGCCACAGUUUUGUUGAGCGUCUCUUCUGUUCUUGGUCAAGGGGGGCAGCCAGAGACAGUCCUGGAAGCUCUAUCCCACUGCAUGGAGCAAACAUGCUCAUCAGCCUUCAGACACACGGGGGGCCUGCAAUUCGCAUUGGGGCUAAUCAACGACACAAUAACCCUUCUUCAUCUUGAUACUCCAGCCGUAGUUUGCCUGCUUUGUGAUCUAAGGAGACUAAUCCAACACGCAGAGAAGGAUUUGAAGUCAGAGAAGUACCGCAAGUCCAAAAGUUCUGAAAUGAAAACGAAGCUCAAGUCUGCAGAAAGGAAGGUUUAUUUUAUCAUGUGUUGGGCUCACGAGCAGCCAAAAGAAGCAUGGUCUUCCAUAGCAGCCAUUGUCGAGGCAGAGAAGAGCCGACUAGUGGAAUUCAUAGGGAGUAAAACAAGUGUUCCAAAAAUGACGAAAGUACAGAGUGAGGGCAAGCCUCUGAUUAAGGAGGUUGAAUAACUGUCUGUUCCUUAUGCAUGACAAGCUGCAGCAGAAAACACAAGAUCAGUUGCUUGUAAAGAUGUUAAGUUCUGAUCACUGAGUUUUGACUUUGUAUAAUUGCCUGAAUUAUUUUAUUCACUUUCUCUUUGGAACUUUUUCAUUGGCCACUGAAACAAUUCAAGAGAAGAAAAGCAAAAGCUUAUAUGGAAAAGAGAUAAUCUACUUAUCUACCUUA